AAUCAAACUGCUCGAUCGUGAGUUUUUUUUGUUUGUUAGAAAGUACUGGUAAGUCAUACUACCUCUUGUUCAUAAGUUCUAUCCAUUUACUAUUUAUAUUGUCAAAACUAAAAACUUUGACCAUCUGUACGUCCAUCUAUCAUAGUACAUGUAUGUAUGAGAAUAAAUAUUAUCUAUGUUAUUUAUUUUCAAAAUAUCAACUUUUUAAAUUUAUUUUCAAAAUAUUAUCUAUGUUAUUUAUUUUCAAAAUAUCUGAACUUAUCUGAAUUUAUUUUAUUUGAAAAAACUUAUUUUUUUUCUGAAAUAAACUUACUUGUCUAUAAUUUUUAAUUUUAAUAGUUCUAUCAUUUCUUUGGUGGUAUCACCCGAUUACCCAUAGGGCUAAUGCGGAUUCGGCGCGAGUUAUGAACGGAUAGGUGUUAAUUUCCUCCCAAUUAUUGUUGCGGGGAUCUAACACGCGUCAUCCCUACCAAAUUCAGCCCCAACUCUAUCAUUAUUUACUACUCCUGUCUCGUUUUACUUGUCUCAUUUUAACUAAAAUACUUUCAUAAAAGUUGGUAAAACGGGGUUAAUAAAUUGAGAUGGAGGGAGCAUAUUGCUUGCAAGACUUGCCUUUAUUUACUUCGUCUGUUCUUAUUUUGUUGACAAAAUUUUUUAGUCACGCUUGCCAAUGUACAUUUUUUUAUCAUUAAUAUCUUUAAUUUUGUAAUAGAUAAAAUUAUAAAAAGUUGAUAGUUUGAAAAUAUUUAUCAAAACGAUUCUAACAAGAUAUCAUAUGACUAUAUUUUACCUUACGCAUAAAUAGCAAAACCUAAAGUCUUAUAUGGGACCAGUCACACCAUCAAUUUGAUGGUGUGACAUGUUCACACUUGUAAAUAAGCCCAACGCGUUUAAAGCCUAUUAACGGAGGUUAACGAAACCCAAAACGGCAGUACAAUUACUUUUAUAGUUUUAGUCAAGGUACUUUUACAGUUUUAUAGUUUUAAGGAAGGUAUUUUCAUAGUUUUAUGGAAGGUACUUUUAUAUUUUUAGUCAAGGUACUUAUAUAGUUUUAUAGUUUUAUGGAAUACAUACUUUUAUAGUUUUAGGGGAGCUACUAUUAUCGUUUUAGUCAAGGUACUUCUAUAGUUUUAUAGUUUCAGAUAAGGUACUUUUAUAGUUUCAGUGGAGAUACUUUAUAGUUUUAGUCAAUGUAUUUCUAUAGUUUUAUAGUUAAUUUGUGGGAAGAUACUUUUAUAGUUUUAGGGGAGGUAUUUCUAUACUUUUUAGGCCAUGGGACCAUCGCUUGCACGCUUGGGAUGUGGGCUAGCAACUUGCUCGUUUCCUUUUCGUCUUGCGUCUAAUGCCUUACGACUAUUAUUUAUCGUAUAGUACUACAGUACUUGAAAAUCCAAUGUCGUACGAUAUGAUUAUUCGUCCGCCCCGACCUACAAAUAUCCGCAAUACGAUAUACGAUUACGAUCCAACGUCUUAUCAUAUAUUUACGUUUUCCGAAUUAAUUUCCUGAAUAGCCAUUAAAUGAAUUUCCGAUUCAUAAUCUGUCGAUCUGUUUUAUGACCUUUUAGCAAUGCUUCAACUAGCUAUUCGGAUCACUUGAUCUCACUGAAUUAAUAAUUCCGUAAUUAAUAUGAACCUUAGUAUUGGACCAAUGCACCUUGGGUGAAGGACACAUUUACUUCAGUGUCCCACUUGUCCUUUAGACAAGUGUGCAUUCCCAUUCCUUUGUCUCCUGGUGUUACUUACUGAACAUACGGUAAGAUCCAAGCCAUCCUUAUUAGGUCCAUAAGUGUUUCUCGAAUUAUUGAGUUCAACUGUUAAACUUUUACAGAAGGUUAAGCCUUAACCAUUCUGAGCACGACCAUGCAUUUUCACAGUAUCUAACUCUUCGAGAGGCCUUGUACAACUACAACACCAUAUCCUAUCAUAGAUGGUAGGACAAUUACUUCUUGUAACUUAUGAACAACUUACUUUGAUUCAUAGCUACCUGAAUACUGCUUUUAUAGUCUCCUUUUACGGUGCGACGUUUAGCGAGCAUCAAAGCGAACUAAUUAUCAAACAAGCAAUCAUACCUACUAAGGUUUUGAGGAAUAGGUUCCAAUCACCAUUAAUGAGAACGAGUUAUGACAUGACUUUAAUCUCUUAAAUUGUUCUCAUGGUCGGGCCGAAAUGUUCAAACAAGGCUUAGGCCCGGCCCAAGCCCACGAGCUUUCGUGCCUGGCCGGCCGGCCCGUCGUGCCUAAGACUAAUUUUACUGAAUUUAGCGUGCUUUGUCUUGCCGGGUCGAGUAGUGCCUUGCCUUGUCGUGCUUUUUCCAAAAAAUUAAGGCCCAGACCCGGCCCACGGCUCACGACUUCGUGCACGUGUCGGGUCCGAUUUUUUCGUGCUCGAGCCGGGCUUUUUUCGUGUCGGGCCUGAUCGGACUUCGUCCCGUCCCGGCCCACAACCAUCUUUAAGUAUUCCUCUCAGUCCAAAUAAGAUACACUGCAAUGCUGAAAACCAUUUUGAAAACUUGAUGUUUACCAGAAUUUGAGUUACAGCAAGAUACCAUGUAUUGUAUUGGACUUAUUUUGACUGAACUAAUAUUAUCUAAACUUAUCUGAAUUUAUUUUAUCUGAAAAAAACUUAUUUUAUAUGAAAUAAACUUAUUUGUGUGUGAAAAUGUCUGAAAAAAAAAAAACUUAUUUUUGCUGGACCUAUAUUAUCUGAAAUUAUCUAAAACUAAACUUAUCUGAACUUGUUUUUACUUAUUUAGAACAGAGGCUAAUUAAUUUCAUGCUCCAAAAUUGAUUGUUUAUAUUUAUCUAGAAACGUCUUAAACAAACUCUACCAACACAAUUCAGUUACAGUAAAUGAGAAGUAAUACCCGUAAAAUUCAAAUAUCGUUAAGAAUGCCCGCGAAAAUAUGUCUAUCCCCAAAUUCAAAUCUGCUAUAAAUAGUUAAAUACCCAACGCCUAGAGCUUCCCAUAACAAAUACUCCACUCCGAAUCUUGUAACCAACACUCAGUAUCGACCAGAGAGAGAAAUACAGUUAGAGAAAGAAUGGCGUGUCCAGCGAUGGCGAGUCCAGUUGAAGAGCAGAUUCAUCAGCAUUAUCAGCACCGUAUGCAAAUAACAGAGCAAGUGAUGGAUUGCAAGCUCAAAGGGAAGAAACAGCUUUCUCUCGAGAGCUACCUUCACUAUCUUCUCUCUCGUGAUUUCUCCAAGUUCACCGUCGGUGAAAUCAAUCAGAUAGUUUCAAUCCAUGGUUUCAAGAAGCCUGGUCGGCUGAAGAAAGCUGAAGAAGCAGUGAAAGCAAUUGAGCCAAUGCAUCCUGCCCGAUCAACUCUGAAGGAAGGCAUUUCAUCGUCAACCAAAGCAACCAUUGAUAUCAGUGAAGCAAUCAGGGAUCUUAAGAUUCUCAACUGGCAAGAGUGCUCCAUAACUUCGAUCAAAUUACUCAAACCAGAGAAUGACAAAAUCGUCCUCGUUUCUCCCUCCACUACAUCCACGAAGUCGAAAUCUGUGAAGACUGCGCAGAAACCGAAAUCUCUGGAGGCGGUAGAGAAGUCCAAGUUAGCUUCGUCGAUGAGUAUCGGUAGCGGUCCGAACAACAACGGUAGUUCUGGUGCCCCUGUUUUCCCCUCCACAUCAGCCACCAAAAUGCAGAAAACGACAAAGCGGCGUAAGCUAUCAUCCUUGAAAGAGAGCUCCUGCAGUGGUCCGACUAACACCGAUAGUGGUGGUUCAGGUGAUGCUCCAUCGUCCUCGUUUGGCGCCAGAGGAAAGAGUGGUGGUGGAAAGAAAAGGCUUCAUGCCAAUGUCACUGAUCUAAGGACAACUUAGCCGUACUUGAUUGAGUUUUCAAUUGAAGCUUAUGGGGUAAUGGUAGGUAGUUUUAGUGUUACUAACUACAGUAACUAGUUUCAUAAUGACGGAUUUGAAUUUUGGAGGGAAUAGAUGGUACUUCAUUUUGAUUAUAUGCAUUUCAUUUUGUUUAAUUUCAGUGGUACUAUUUCAUCAGAGACUGUAAUUUUGGAUUUUGCUAUGCUAAUUGAAGACAUUAUUGGAA